AUGUCGGUUGUAUUAUGCAACGUUGCUUCGGCAACUGGAAAUGACAAUAACAAUAAUAACGACAAUAUUAGCGAGGAUUCGAAUCCAGUUACUAUAUACAGGUGUCGCGCUCCAAUAGCAUCGCUAGAUUGCAUGGAGGAAUUCAGUGGUACGACAGCUCAACUAGAUUUCGGUCGCUCAAUAAGCUUGGGCUCUAAUCCUGCCAUUCCCAUACGGAAUAAUGCUACGACAACACCAGGAUUGCGAUACAAGAACCUUGGAAAAAGUGGCUUGCGAGUUUCUAAUGUCGGUCUAGGAACAUGGCCAAUAUUUUCACCAGGAGUAUCGGAAGAGCAAGCCGAAUCUAUUCUACGGCUGGCAGUUGAUAGUGGAAUAAAUUUGUUUGAUCUAUCUGAAGCACAUUCAGGUACUCGGGCCGAAUUAGAACUGGGAAGAAUUAUACAAAAAGCGGGAUGGAAGCGUACAAGUUUUAUCGUCACGACUAAAAUCUAUUGGAGCACAAAGUCUGAUGAACGAGGAUUAUCUAGAAAACACAUAAUAGAAAGUGUACAGGCUAGUCUACAAAGACUGCAGCUAUCAUACAUAGAUAUUAUUAUCGUGCAUAAAGCCGAUUCAAUGUGUCCAAUGGAAGAAAUAGUUCGAGCAAUGAAUUAUGUCAUCUCGCAAGGAUGGUCAAUGUACUGGGGAACAGCCAGGUGGUCACCAGUUGAGAUUAUGGAAGCCUACACAAAUUGCAGACAGUUUAAUUGUAUAACACCUAUCGUGGAACAAGCAGAAUAUCACAUGUUUUGCAGAGAAAAGGCUGAAUUAUACCUCCCCGAAAUGUACAACAAAAUUGGAGUAGGUUUCAUGGCAUGGGGACCGCUUUCCAUGUGCUUGGGAGAUGCCCAGAAUGGGGAAAGGUUGUGGUUACCAAAGGGAUCAUUCAAAACUAAAAGCCAAAGCUACUCUUGGACAGAAGAUGAAGUAAACAAAGAACGUUUGGAAGAAACUAGGAGAAUGUAUGAUAAAGCCAGAGAUAUUAGUACACUUGCUGAAAAGCUAGGCUGCAAUGCCAUGCAGCUAUCAAUUGCAUGGUCAUUGAAACAUGAACCAGUUCAGUGUUUGCUGUUGGGUGCAACCUCUCCAGAGCAACUCCAUCAAAGUUUACAGGCAUUGCAGCUCUUACCACGAUUAUCAACAGGUGUAAUGCUCGAAAUCGAACGAAUUCUGGACAACAAACCAAUAAGGCCACCGCCGAUUUCUACACUUGCACUUCGGUGA